AGCCACGCCAUUGACAGGUUUUACAUCAUUUCGAAUCAUUACUGAGCAGGGAGAAAUUCAGACAGACGUUUUGCUUACAAAAGGAUCUAAGUGCAGAGACGUUUUUUUUUUAGUAGUUUCUUUUCUUACUUGCUACACACUAUUUUCGCCAUGUCUUCACCGAACGGAAAAUACCUGAUGUUGUACUCGACAACAGACGGCCACACCAAGACGAUCAUGGACACGAUGGCGAAGCACAUUAUGGAAGAGGCGAAGGUGCAAUGCGAUGUGGUUGAUAUGAGGGACGGGGACAAGUACGAACUCGCCGCGUACGAAAAGGUCAUGCUCGGAGCUUCGAUCCGGUACGGAUUCUUCAGCAGGACGCUGCACACCUACACCACACAUCACGUUGACGAGCUGAACUCGAUGCCCUCCGCGUUCUUCGGUGUCAACCUUACCGCGAGGAAGACAAGCAAAAACACAGCGAUGACAAAUGCGUACACGCGCAAAUUUCUGGACCAAUCGAUGUGGGUGCCACAAUUAUCGGGGGUCUUUGCUGGCGCUCUAUGGUAUCCGCGGUAUAACUUCUUUGAUCGAGUGAUGAUUCAAUUUAUCAUGAAAGUAACCGGCGGUGAGACAAACACAACAAAAGAAAUUGUCUACACGGAUUGGGAUGCGGUUCAUAAAUUUGCUACCGACUUCGUACAGCUACCGGCGACGGCUAUUCCUCGCUCCAAGCCCGCGACCUCAGUGCCGCCAGCGAGUGUUGCAAACUACGAUAAUGGUGCUCGUGUGGCGCUUGUCGUCGUUGGCAUUUCAGCAGCCAUUAUCUUCGGUCGCCGCCUCAUUCUCGCGAAACGGUUUUAG